GGGCGGGAAGGAGGAGGAGCCAAGAUGGCGGCGAUGGCGGCGCUGGGCCGGAGGCUGCGGGCGCUGGGCCGGGGGGUCAGGGGGAUGCAGAGCCCUCCCCGCUACGAGGAGUCCACGGCCGAGUUCGGGUUCGUGCAGCGCCUGCUGCCCCCCAGCCGCAUCCCCGACCCCCCCCCGCACCCCAAAUACCCCACCCCGUCCGGAUGGAGCCCCCCCAAAGACCCCCCCCCGGAGCUGCCCUACCUGGUGCGCCGCUCCCGCCUGCACAACCUGCCCGUGUACGAGGGGCAGCGCCAGGGCCGGCGCCUGACGGAGCUGCGCCGCAUCCACGGCGACAUCUGGGCGCUGCAGCGGGACCUGAGCGCGUUCCUGGGCUCCCUGGGCGUCCCCGAGGUGGCGGCGCAGGUGAACGAGGUGACGGGGACGCUGCGGCUGCGCGGGCACUGCGCGCCCCAGGUGAGGCAGUGGCUGCUCCAGAGGGGCUUCUAGGGAGCCCCGGGGCUGCUGGGGGACCCCAGACGCUGCCCCGGGACCCCCAGAGAUCGGGGGAGCCAAAGAUCCGCAAGGGGGACCCCGAAGUCUGCGAGGGAUCGGCUGUGGGAGCACCCGGAGCUGCUGGAAAUGGAGCCUGGGCAGGGA